AGAAUCUGUGAAGUUUGAAGAAGCGGCCUUCCCAAGAUGUACCGAAUAUCUCAACUGAUGUCAACACCAGCAGCAAGUUCUUCCCGGUUGGACAGAGAAUGUGCUGGAGAGCUAUCUGCCACAUGCAUUUCCCCAAGUUUUUCCUGUGAUUUCCUGGAUGGUGACAGUUCCUUUGAAUGCUGCUCUGUGGACCCCCUGACAGGCUUUCACUAUAUCUGUCGCCGAAGUCCCAGACUUCUCACCAAUGGCUACUAUGUUUGGACAGAAGACAGUUUCCUCUGCGAUGCUGAUGGCAAUGUGACUCUGAAUCCAUCCCAGACCCGUGUUAUGUACAAGGAGAACUUAGUUAGGAUAUUUAGGAAAAAAAAGAAAAUCCGCCAUUCUCUUCCUUCUCUCUUCAACCUCCGUGCCUCUAAAUCUUGGCUGCAUGGAAGUUUCUUUGGUGAUGUUGAUUCUGCAAGUGAGGAUGUCUGGUUGGAGGAGGUCAGGAGGCUGGAUACAGACCACUGCAAUGGGAAUGAAACCAGUUUGUCACAAGAGGUCUCCUUUCGGGCAAUCCUGCUUGCUGUGUGCUUAGUCAGUUUUGCGUGUGCAAGAUGGUUUAUGGAAGGAAUGUUAGCCAGUGUCUUCACAUGCUUGCUGUUGGUAAUGGUAGCUUAUGCUGCAAAAUCAUUGUUUUUCAGCCUUGCCAGCUAUUUCAAAGCCACGACUUAUAUUGGAUUUGCCAAAAUUUGA